CGGACGUGUUACGAGCUGAAAGACGAAUUUUUUGUGUUAAUGAAUUAAAAAAAAGGAAAAAAAGGAUUUUCGAGGACUAAAUGAUGAUUGGAAGUGAUUAUGUGCUUGAGGCACACAACAUUUAUCACACGACGGAGGUUGAUACUGGAGGAUGUCUCAGUGCAUCGGGAACAUCAGCUCUUGUCCUAAAAGGAGUUCAUCUCUCAGUUCACAGCGGAGAAGUAAUGGCAAUUCUCGGUUCAAAAGGAAGCGGCAAACGAGCUCUUUUGGAUGUCAUUUCGCGUCGUGCUGAGGGAUCAACUCGCGGACAAGUUUUGCUAAACGGCACUCCAUUGACUAAAAAUCUUUUUCAACAACGUUGUGCUUAUGUCACGCAAAAUUGCGAUUUUGUACCCGGAUUGACGGUUUCGCAGACACUUCAACAUACGCCUUCCAUUUUGAGCGGCUAUUUGAAAAGUUCAAAAGUUCGUCAAAUAUUGGCAGAUUUGGCAUUAUCGCAAGUCUCGAGUAAGCGCGUGGAAUAUUUAAAUAUUAGCGAAAAGCGACGUUUGGCAAUCGGAGUGCAGCUUGUACGUGAUCCUGUCAUGCUUUUACUUGAUGAACCAACUUAUGGGCUUGAUCCGUUGAGUGCGUAUUUGUUAAUUUCGAUUCUGUCAAAUUGUGCAAAGAAAAGCGGUUGCGGGAUUUUAUUGAGUUUGGAGAAGCCUCGUUCUGAUGUUUUUCCGUUUUUGGAUAGAGCACUCUUCUUAUGCUUGGGAGGCGCCGUUUACAGCGGAUCAACUCGUGCAAUGUUGGAAUAUUUCCACGCCAUCGGAUUCCCAUGCCCACAAUUGGAGAACCCUUUGAUGUAUUAUUUAUGCCUUUCGACUGUCGAUCGCAGGAGUCGUGAUCGUUUUAUCGAGUCGAGCCAACAAAUUGAUGCCUUGGUUGAUCGUUUUUCGCGUGAAACGUCGUUGCCGGAGGCUCCGAUCAAUCCGCAAGGAGCCAAUAAGAUCCCCUUGUCCUAUGGGAAGCCUGGAGAAUUCAAGGUUUGGGGCACGUUGUACGUGAGACUAUUGGCGGCAACUUUUUCCUGCUCUCAUGCUGGAAUGAAGGCACUUUUCUUGCGGUUGUUUGCUUUGCCGUUCAUGAUGGGACUUAUUUGGCUCAUUUAUCAUCAAGUUGGAGAUGACAAACAAGGAUUUUUCAGCAAAAAUGGAAUGAUUUUGAACAUUUUGGGACUUUCUUACGGCACGGGAAUACUUACAACGAUCAGUUUGUUCCCAAUUUGGCGUAAAAAGUUCGCCCAUGAAUAUUCUGAGGGUUUGUAUUCGGGAACGACACUUUUAAUUGCUUGGAAUAUGGUUUCCAUGCCAUUUUCGUUCAUCAGUGCGGGACUUGCAGCAGCAGCGAUUUAUCCGAUAAUUCUCGAUCCAAUUCAUCCAGCGGGGCAUCCAUUCCUCUACAUUUUGAUCGCGAUUUGGUCCAGUUUUGUUCUUGCCGAACAGUUAUGCAUCACAUUUCUCUUAACUUUCAAGUCUCGGAUGAACACGGGCAUUAUUGUCACUUAUAUUUUGUGCGUUUGUUUGAUUCUCGCCAGCGGAAGUGUUCGUUCGUACAAAGGUUUGACGCCGUGGUUGCAAGAUUACUCGAAAGGAAUUCACACGAGAUAUUCUUCGUCGUUGCUUCAUAGUGCGACGUUUUUGCAAAGGCCCAUGAAUUGCACAAAAGGUCCGGGAGUCGAAUGUCCUGAGCCGAAAGACUUCCUGUUGGAGAGACUUGGAGUGGUAAAGUCGCAAGAAACGACAGAUAUUGCGGUGUCAGUUGCUUUUGCGAUUGGAAUGGCGUUCUUUAAUCUUAUUUUGUAUUUGUUGCCGAUGCCGAGAUGUAUUCGCAUGAAAUUUAGAGAAUAAGAUUUUUUUU